AUGUUUAAACUUAUUUUAUUACUCGCUAUUAUUGGAUACGUGGUAUCAAAACCAUACGUAGAUGAUGCAAGGAUUGUAGGCGGAGAAGAUAUAGAUAUAACGGUAGCGCCUUAUCAAGUUUCAUUACUGAACCGGGGAAGACACUUUUGCGGUGGUUCCAUUAUUGACAAUGAUCUCAUACUGACUGCUGCACAUUGUUUACUUGGAGUUAACAAACGAAAUUUACAAGUAAGAGCUGGUUCAUCAUCAAAUCGUGAAGGUGGCGUAGUUGUACCAGUUGGUGAAUAUGUGUACAAUCGUGACUUCACCUUCCAUAACAUGGAUAGUGACGUUGGGUUAAUUUGGUUGUCAAAGCCAUUGGAGUUUGGACCCAGUAUUGCCCCAAUUAUAAUGUCUGAUGAAGACGAAGAAAUUGAUGAUGGAGAGUUGACAGUUGUUACCGGCUGGGGUAAUCUUAGGGAAAACGGUGGAACUCCAAAAACAUUGCAAAUGGUGUUAGUACCAAAAGUAAGUGCUGCUGCUUGUUCAAACGCCUAUGCUCCGUCGUAUAAUAUAACACCCAGAAUGUUAUGCGCGGGCGCACCUGAAGGUGGAAAAGAUGCGUGUCAGGGUGACAGUGGCGGUCCUCUAGUGUACAACGAAAAACUAGCUGGUGUUGUUUCAUGGGGUCUAGGUUGUGCUAGACCAAAAUAUCCUGGAGUGUAUGCAAAAGUGUCUGCCCUAAGAGAAUGGAUUGAUGAAAAGGCAAUUUAUCUUAAGCUGAAACACAUAUUUAGACCUGUUUUAUAUUGA